CGCGAUCGCCAUCCGAGCGCUGAUCGCUAUCUGCCUACGAGACAGUGCCCAAGUGGGCGAUACUGCCGACGCCCCAUGAUGUCAAAGUUUUCUAUAUUCAGUAUACUUUCAAGACAUACGUAGGCCCUUUGUACACGCUGUACCCGUAGAGACCGUGGCCGUAGAUGAUUGAUGGAUGCACUGUAGAAGACGGUGGUCGAACCCAGCCACCCGAUCAGGCAACACAGAUUGUUGAACGUUCACUUGCCGCAAGGUUGACAGGCAGUGAUCGACAAUGCGUCAGGGGCUGUGAUGAACUUAUUCUUCACCGCCAAGCAGGUGAAGUGUUCGCUAGCAUUGCGACUUGUAUGGGGUCCAGAAGCCCGCAAUUGAGGGGUACUGCUCUGGUGCAUGGAUCGCGUGAGUCCAUCCCCAGGAAGAAACGCGGACUGUGUCUGUCGUUGGGGGGGGGUGUUUGUGGUGCCAACCCAACCAGCCUGGAAAUGAAGCAAUCCAUUGACUCCGCCAAGCAAAUGAUGUGCAGUAUCAGCAAGGCUGGUGCUUGGCGGAUAUACCCUUGGGACAGUCCGUCUAUCAAUAGCCAACUCACUGUACGGAGUAAGAGAAAGGAAAUCCAUGACCGUGCAAAUGACAUAACAUCAGACCACUAUCGCUACACUUACCUCACGCACCCUGGACUACUACUAGUAGUAUUACUACUUUAGUCCCAGCUGUCCACUUUCUCCCCAUGGAGUAUCCGCACUCCAUCUUUUUGGACCCCCUACCCCUAUAAUCUAACUCGCAUAAGUCUAC